GACUCUGAGCUGACUGAAGAAACAAGGAGGAGAAAAAGACAGAGAAAGAAGAAGAAGACGACGACGACGGCACGUGACAAGGGGAUAAGGUCGCGUGUCGUCUCCGGCGUAGGAUAGCUUUACCCUGUUUUCUACAUUUUGAUUCCCUUCCCUUCUCACACAGGCUUUCUGUUUUACAAGGCGGUUAAGCAACAGAAGUAGAAUCAUCCUAAGCAAAGCAAAGCAAAGCAAAUGUUUCAAGAAAGUGUUUUUGUAAAAAGUUUUUAGUAUAAGAAUCAGAGAACACAAGAAUAAAAUCAAGAAUUCAUUCCGAUUCUUGGUUAAUUCUGAAGAAGAAAAUGAGAGGGACAGAGUACCUGUUCAUGCUUUUGUUUUGGCUGCUCGGCGUUGCUGCGACGACGACAUUUGCCGCCAAUGUCAGUUACGAUCACAGAGCGUUGGUCAUCGACGGCAAGCGCCGGCUCUUGAUCUCCGGUUCCAUUCAUUACCCUCGCAGCACUCCCGACAUGUGGCCAGACCUUAUCAAGAAAUCUAAAGACGGAGGUUUAGAUGUAAUCGAGACUUACGUUUUCUGGAACUUGCAUGAACCAGUUCGAAGCCAGUAUGAUUUUGAAGGAAGAAAAGAUUUGGUUAAGUUCGUAAAGUUGGUAGCGGAAGCUGGUUUAUAUGUUCAUCUACGCAUUGGUCCAUAUGUCUGUGCGGAGUGGAAUUAUGGAGGAUUUCCUCUUUGGUUGCAUUUCUUGCCGGGCAUUAAGUUCCGAACUGACAAUGAGCCAUUUAAGGCAGAAAUGAAACGAUUCACAGCCAAAAUUGUGGACAUGAUGAAGCAAGAAAAUCUUUAUGCAUCUCAAGGUGGACCAAUUAUCUUGUCUCAGAUAGAAAAUGAGUAUGGAAACAUUGAUUCAGCUUAUGGACCUGCUGCCAAAACUUAUAUUAAUUGGGCAGCAACCAUGGCUACAUCUUUGGAUACAGGGGUGCCCUGGGUGAUGUGCCAGCAAGAAGAUGCUCCUGAUCCUAUUAUUAACACUUGCAAUGGAUUUUAUUGUGAUCAAUUCACCCAAAAUUCUAAAAAGACACCAAAAAUGUGGACUGAGAAUUGGACUGGAUGGUUUCUUUCAUUUGGCGGUGCUGUCCCCUACAGACCCGUCGAAGACAUUGCUUUUGCUGUGGCACGUUUUUUUCAGCGAGGAGGAACCUUUCAAAAUUAUUAUAUGUACCAUGGUGGGACUAACUUUGGCCGCACUACUGGUGGACCCUUCAUUGCUACAAGUUAUGAUUACGACGCUCCACUCGACGAGUAUGGACUUGUUAGACAACCCAAGUGGGGCCACCUAAAAGAUCUGCAUAGUGCCAUAAAGCUUUGCGAAGAGCCAAUGAUGGCCACGGAUCCAACAAUUACCUCUCUUGGUUCAAAUUUGGAGGCGAGUGUUUAUAAAACAGGAUCGGGGUUAUGUGCUGCUUAUCUCGCAAAUGUGGGUACCCAAUCUGAUGCAACCGUGAAUUUUAAUGGCAAUUCAUAUAACUUGCCUGCGUGGUCUGUGAGCAUUUUACCUGACUGCAAGAAUGUAGUACUUAACACUGCAAAGAUUAAUUCUCUGACUACCAUUACAAGAUUCAUGCGUCAAUCUUUGGAAGAUGGUGUUUCUCCUUCUAAGGUCUUACAGUCAGGAUGGAGUUGGUUUAUUGAACCAGUGGGUAUCUCAAAUAAAAAUGCGUUCAUGAAACUAGGAUUAGUGGAGCAGAUAAAUACCACAGCUGAUGAAAGUGAUUAUUUGUGGUACUCACUAAGAACUGAAAUUCAAGGUGAUGAGCCUUUCCUUCAAGAUGGAUCUCAAACAGUUCUUCAUGUGGAAUCACUUGGCCAUGCUCUUCAUGCUUUCAUUAAUGGGAAGUUUGCAGGGAGUGGAAAAGGAAAUAGUGGCAAUGCUAAGGUUUCCAUGGAGGUCCCUGCAACUCUAGUACCUGGGAAGAACACAAUCGAUCUCUUGAGUUUGACCGUUGGACUUCAGAACUAUGGAGCAUUCUUUGACUUGACAGGAGCUGGGAUUACUGGACCGGUGAAGCUGAAAGGCUUAAAGAACGGGUCUAGCAUUGAUCUCUCUUCAGCACAGUGGACGUAUCAGAUUGGACUUAAAGGUGAAGAAUUAGGUCUCUCGACUGGAAGUUCUUCAGUUUGGGUAUCACAGUCUACAUUGCCCAAGAAGCAAUCCUUGAUUUGGUACAAGACGAAUUUUGAUACUCCUGCCGGUCAUGACCCAAUUGCACUAGACUUCACAGGGAUGGGGAAGGGUGAAGCAUGGGUGAAUGGACAAAGCAUUGGUCGUUAUUGGCCAACUUAUACCGCUCCAAAUGGUGGUUGCACCAACUCUUGCAAUUUUCGAGGACCUUAUAAUUCAAACAAAUGCCUCGAGAACUGUGGGAAGCCAUCUCAGGCACAUUACCAUGUACCUCGAUCGUGGUUACAACCUAGCGGAAACACUCUGGUGUUGUUUGAGGAAAUGGGUGGGGAUCCAACACAGAUAUCUUUUGCUACAAGAAAAAUGGAAGGUUUGUGCUCACACGUGUCAGAGUCUCAUCCAGUACCUGUAGACAUGUGGAGUUCAGAUCAAAAGACUGGAAGGAAAACAGGGCCUACACUAUUACUCGAGUGCCCUUUGCCUAAUCAAGUCAUUUCUUCAAUCAAGUUUGCAAGCUUUGGAACUCCUCGUGGGACUUGUGGAAGUUUCAGUCAUGGCCGGUGCAGCAGCACCAGGGCUCUUUCUGUUGUACGGAAGGCUUGCAUUGGAUCAAAGAGUUGCAGCAUUGGAGUCUCAAUAAAUACAUUUGGUGAGCCGUGUGUUGGAGUGACAAAGAGUUUAGCAGUAGAAGCUUCCUGUACAUGAUAUAGAUGCUGCGGUGGAGAAUCAACCAUUUGGGGUGCAAGCAAAGCAGUGUCCCCAAGUAAGUGUAGAAUUGAAUAAACUUUGUGUUUGGUCUGGUCUGGUCAUGGAAGUAAAAGUAAAUUCUUGCCCAGAAAAGAAAAGGCACCUAAUGCUACAUUGUAUCUUCUCCCUCAAAGAAUGAAAAGGUUUAUGUCUUUUAAUUUUGCAC